AUGACAAAAGAUAUAAUAUUAUUUAUAAGUACAAAUAAAAAACCAAUCAUAGCUCUUGAUUGUAAUGGAGUUCUAUUUGAUUAUCAUGCGAAUUUUGCAAUAAUUUAUGAAAAAGCAUUUGGAAAACAAUUAACUAUUGUUGUACUUAAUUCUUACCAUGCGAAAGAUAUGUAUGGUAUUAAAUUUACUGAUGAAGAAAGAAUUGAAUUUGAUAAAGUAUGGGAUGAACAUGGUUGGAAAAAUAUGCCAAUGCAUGAUGGCGCACUUGAAGCAUGCCAUUUAUUACAUAAAGCUGGUUAUGAAUUAAUUUGUGUUACAGCAAUGCCUGCACAAUUUGUUGGACGUCUAUUAGAAGAUCUUCGUUUACAUGAAUUUCCUAUUGAUAAAGUAAUUAGUUCUGGUUAUGAUAAAAAUAAUUUUCAUAAGAAUCCAAAAAAACAAAUUAUUGAAGAUUUACAUCCAGUUGUAUUUGUUGAUGAUUUAAGAAGAAAUUUUAAAGAUAUUCAGGAUGUUCAUACAAAACUUAUUUUUAUUGAUAAUCAAUAUCAUGAUGAUCCAAAUCAAUAUGAUCAAAUAUACAGGGGAGUCCCAAAAUUAUAG